GACGUGAAAGUCAAAAGGCGGGCAUGGCAGCAAAUCCCAAGCCGCCUCUUAUUUUCCUUCACCUUCUCUUGCUCUCCAUACUUCCAUUACAGAUUACAGCAUCACCAGCAACGCAAGCAGAAGCUCUUGUCAAAUGGAAAAACAGCCUCACCCCUCCCCCUCCUCUCACUUCAUGGUCCCUCUCCAACCUCAAAAACCUCUGCAACUGGACAAGUAUUGUUUGCGACUCAACCGGAACAGUCUCCGAGAUAAACCUCUCAGGCGGUGCUGAGUUCAAUGGAACACAAGUAAAGCUCAAUGGAACGCUGGCCCAGUUCAACUUCACUCCAUUCCUUAACCUCACCAGCUUCGACCUCAGCCACAACAACCUCAGCGGACCAAUACCGUCGGAGAUUGGCCGGCUAACGGAGCUUCAGUACGUGAGUCUACUCGACAACUAUCUCGAUGGGCAAAUCCCAUAUCAGAUUAACAAUCUUCGAAAGGUAUGGUACUUAGACCUUGGAUCAAACCUCUUACUAAGUCCUGACUGGUCUAAGUUUUCUGCCAAGCCUUUAUUGACCCAUCUUGCCUUUAAUUACAAUGAACUCGCUUCAGAGUUCCCAGGAUUUAUACUUGAUUGUCACAACUUGACCUUCUUGGAUUUAGCCCAGAAUAAGUUCAAUGGAACAAUACCAGAAUCUUUAUUUACCAAUUUGGCCAAGCUUGAAUUCCUUAAUCUUACUGAUAAUUCAUUCCAAGGAUCAUUGUCACCAAAAAUUUCCAACCUUUCCAAGCUCAAAGAUCUUCGUCUAGGACGAAACCAUUUCAGUGGCCUUAUUCCUGAGGAUAUUGGAGCAAUUUUCGAUCUUCAAAUGAUAGAAAUGUACAACAAUUCAUUAGAAGGGAGAAUUCCUUCUUCAAUAGGCCGACUCAAGGAGCUCGGGAGCCUCUAUCUUGACUGGAAUGGCUUGAAUUCUACAAUUCCCUCUGAGCUUGGGUUUUGUACAAACCUCACCUUCUUGGCCCUUGCUGAAAAUUCAUUCACUGGGGAAUUGCCUUUGUCCUUGGCCAACCUAACUAAAAUUACAAAUUUGGGUUUAUCUGGUAAUUCUCUCUCUGGUAGGAUUUCACCGUAUUUUCUCUCCAAUUGGACCGAGUUAACCUCUUUGCAACUUCAGGGGAAUCGUUUCACUGGAGAAAUUCCACCAGAAAUAGGCCUAUUGACAAAGCUCCAACUUCUUUUUAUGUUUAAUAAUAGCCUUUCUGGUUCAAUUCCCUCCCAGGUUGGGAGGUUGAAAGAUUUGGUGCAAUUAGACCUUUCACAAAACCAGCUCUCUAGUCCGAUUCCUCCGACAGUUUGGAACCUCACAAAUCUUCAAGUCUUACAACUUUUCUCCAACAAUCUCACUGGCACAAUCCCACCAGAUAUUGGAAAUAUGACAUCUCUGCAAACUCUUGAUCUCAAUUCUAAUCAACUUGAAGGGGAGUUGCCAGACACCAUUUCUCAGCUCGGUAAUUUAAUGACAAUCUCUCUUUUUACCAAUAACUUCUCGGGCACUAUUCCGAGUGACUUUGGCAAGUAUAGUCCUUUGAUCAAUGUUAGCUUUUCCAACAACAGCUUCUCUGGAGAAUUGCCACCUGAAUUGUGUAGCAGUUUUGCUUUUGAAGUUUUCACAGUGAAUAGCAACAACUUCACAGGGCCAUUGCCAGAGUGCUUGAGAAAUUGCUCGAAACUAAAUAGAGUGCGGUUUGAUGGGAACCGAUUCAAUGGAAACAUUACAAAGGCUUUUGGAGUUCAUCCUGUUCUGAGUGUCAUUUAUCUUAGUGACAAUCAAUUUGUUGGUGAAAUCUCAACGGAAUGGGGAGAAUGUGAAUCUCUCACUGAUUUGCAGAUGGACAGAAACAGAAUUUCUGGAAAAAUCCCAGUAGAGGUUGGAAAGUUGACACAACUAGGCGUUUUAAAUCUGGACUCCAACGAAUUGUCUGGGGAAAUUCCAUCUGUACUUGGAAAUCUAAGGCUGCUGAACAAGCUCAAUCUGAGCAGGAACAAUUUGACAGGAGAGAUUCCCCGGAUUCUUGGCAGUUUGAGUGAGCUUAGCUAUCUUGAUUUGUCUAGAAACAGUUUGAUUGGGAACAUACCAAAAGAACUUGGGAAUUGUGUUAAAUUAUUGAGUAUGGACUUGAGCAACAACAACCUGUCAGGUGAAAUACCAUCCGAGCUUGGUAACUUAAUUGCAUUGCAGUUACUAUUGGACCUCAGCAGCAAUAGGCUCUCGGGAAAUAUUCCUCAAAGCCUUGCAAAGCUUUCAUCAUUGGAGAGCCUUAAUGUGUCACAUAACCAACUUUCAGGGGAAAUCCCUUCAUCAUUUAGCACCAACUUGGUUAGUCUACGCAACAGCUCCAUCGAUUUUUCUUACAACAAUUUAACAGGUCCGAUCCCGACGGGUAUAGUUUUCAAAGAUGUACCUGCAAAAGCUUAUGUUGGAAACUCAGGUUUGUGUGGUAAGGUAGAAGGACUAACUCCUUGUUACACAAAUUCUAGAAAGAAAAAGCAUUCUAAUAGAACACUAUUGAUUGUCCUCAUUCCUGUUUGUGGCCUAUUACUGCUUGCAACCAUUGUUGCCGGAAUCAUAAUAUGUUACUGGAAGAUGAAACCCCUUGAUGAAGAAAGUAGAACACUUGGAGAGUAUGAUGAGAAGUCUGAGUCACUGAUAUGGGAAAGAGAAGGUAAAUUUACAUUCGGGGAUAUCGUGAAGGCCACAGAAAACUUCCAUGAGAAAUACUGCAUCGGAAAAGGAGGCUUUGGAAGUGUUUACAAAGCUGAAUUGAAAACAGGUCAGAUUGUUGCAGUUAAAAGGCUUAACAUGUCAGACUCCAGUGACAUCUCAGCAGCCAAUCGCAAGAGUUUUGAGAAUGAGAUUCGUAUGUUGACAGAAGUCAGGCACCGCAAUAUCAUUAGGCUUUAUGGGUUCUGUUCCAUUAGGGGAUGCAUGUACUUGGUUUAUGAAUAUGUAGAGAAAGGUAGUUUGGGAAAUGUAUUGUAUGGGGUGGAAGGGAAAGCAAAACUGGACUGGGGUAGAAGGGUGAACAUCGUGCAAGGUAUGGCUCAUGCAAUUGCAUACUUACACCAUGAUUGCACUCCUCCAAUUGUGCACCGAGACAUAACUGUGAACAACAUCUUAUUGGAGUCAGAGUUCGAACCGCGACUCGCAGAUUUUGGCAUUGCAAGAUUGUUGAGUUCAAAUACAACUAACUGGACAACAAUUGCUGGGUCUUAUGGCUACAUGGCUCCAGAGCUUGCGUUUACAAUGCGAAUAACAGACAAAUGCGACGUUUAUAGCUUCGGAGUGGUAGCAUUAGAAGUUAUGAUGGGCAGGCACCCAAGGGAGCUCCUAUCUUCCCUGUCAUCAUCCAAAUCAACAAAAGCAACACCAAUUGCAGAUGGUGCAGAAUAUCUUCUAAAGGAUGUGCUAGACCAAGGACUCCCACAACCCAAAGGCCAAAUUGCGCAGGAGGUUGCAUUUGUGGUGACAAUGGCCUUACAUUGUGUGAGUGACACACCAGAAUCACGACCCACCAUGCGUUUUGUAGCACAAGAACUCUCUGCUCGAACCCAAGCUUGCAAUUCCUACCCAAUGGACACGAUAACCAUUAGCAAGCUCACAAGCUUUCAGAAAUAGAACAAAUUGGCAUUCUAGUAGCACCUAGUAUAUAAAAAUGUUGGACCUUGAGGUUCCAUGUAUACUAAUAGUCUAAUAUAAUCUUUUAUAUUUCUGAAUAAUCUUUAGGGCUGAUGUCCAGUUGGGGACUAGUGACAACAAUCUUUAACCCUAAUAGUAGUACUCUUUUGCCA